AGGAAAAAGGCUUUAUCAGUUUAAAUCCGCUCGUACAUAAAUUCUUUUAAUUUCUAAAAAAAGUAAACUGAACACGAUGCAGUCGAAGGAGAAAUUUCCAUACCUCCAAUUUAAAAAUAAACCUAUUUUCAAACUAGAUUUACGUUCCUAAAACUUCAAGUUUUUUCAGUUUUUUCUUUUGUUAAACGUAAAUGAAGUCUAUAACGGUUUUGUUAUACUUAGUGAGUUGAAACAGUGCAUUACACGCAACUAAGCGGUGUUUUACCCUAUGAUAAAAACGUAAAUAACAUUUCAGAGAAUAAGUGAAAUAUACUCGAUGUAAAAGAAAAUAAAACUUUCAUCUCAAAACGAUGCUAUGAUUGCCUUAAUUUGAUCAAAAACUUAGUUAUUUUUAUUCAAUAAUUCAACAUGUUUUCAGUAUUUAAGCAGUUCGGAACUAAAUGUUUUACUUUGUCUAAAAGUUUAAAAAUUUCAAGACAGUCACAAAGGUUGUUGUUUACUUCUGUUGUUGGAUCAGUUAUUGCCUAUGAAUAUAUAAAAUGGAACAAAGUAUAUUUAGCUUCUUCAGUUAUUGAUGUGAAAGAUUUUAUGGCUGAACCGAUAACUGAUACAACAAAUUUGCAAAAGAAUAAUGAUGAUAUGAAAAGUCGAAUGGAAGUUAUGAUUUUAAAUGUCCAGGCUGAAUUUUGCAAAGCUCUUGAAAAGUUUGAAGAUACACAAAAAUUCAGAGUUGACAAAUGGAGCAGACCAGAAGGUGGUGGAGGAAUAACUUGUAUCUUGGAUGAUGGGGAUGUUUUUGAAAAAGCAGGUGUGAAUAUUUCUGUAGUGCAUGGAAUAUUACCAGCUGGUGCCGUUCAACAGAUGCGAGCUAGGGGUAAAAAGUUUGCAAAUAGUGAUAAGCUCCCUUUCUUUGCUGCUGGAGUUAGCUCUGUUAUACAUCCAAGAAAUCCAAAUGUGCCAACCAUACACUUUAAUUAUCGUUAUUUUGAAGUGAGCAAUGGAGAUGGAACAACCACCUGGUGGUUUGGUGGGGGAACUGAUAUGACACCGUAUAUUUUGGAUGAAGAUGAUUGUCGUCAUUUCCAUAAAACUUUGAAAUCAUGCUGUGAUAAACACGAUAAGUCAUAUUAUAGUCGCUUUAAAAAGUGGUGUGAUGAAUACUUUUUCAUUAAGCAUAGAGGAGAAUGUAGGGGUGUUGGGGGAAUAUUUUUUGAUGACCUGGAUACUCCAGAUCAAGAAAGCUGCUUCAAAUUUAUUUCUACCUGUGCUCAAAAUGUGAUUCCUAGCUAUUUACCAAUUGUUCAGAAGAACAAAGAUAAGGGUUAUUCCUAUGCAGAUAGACAAUGGCAAUUAAUAAGAAGGGGAAGAUAUGUGGAAUUCAAUUUAAUCUAUGAUAGAGGAACUAAAUUUGGUUUAAUGACUCCAGGAGCCAGAUAUGAAAGUAUUCUUAUGUCUUUGCCAUCUAUUGCUAAAUGGCAGUAUUGUCAUAGUCCUGCUCCAAACUCAAAAGAAGCAAAAUUAUUAGAAGUUCUGAAAAACCCGCGUGAUUGGGCAUGAUAAAUAAUUCAAACUUUAUUAAAUAGUAAAAUUGAAGUUAGUUUGAAAUUGAAGUUACAUAUGUUUUGUAAAAUAGGAACAUUGUAAAUAUGAUUUAGUUGCAUCUAUGAGAAAAAUUUGUUAUUUUAAUAGAAAAUUUGUUAUUGUACUUAAAUAUAAUUAUGACUGAGUUUGUAAAGAUGAACUUUUUGUAUUGUUUUCUAAAGCAAAAUUUGUUAUAAAGAACUAUAUUUAUGAUUA